CGCGCGUCAGCUGUUCAGCAGAUGUGAAAUUGGCGGGAAACCUAGAAGCGGAUCUCCGAUAUGUCGUGACAAUGUCAUCUUGAUCUUGAUCAUUGUUACUUCGGAGCUCACACGAGACUGUCGUUUCAAAUUAGUUUACGAAAUUUUUGACGAUUUGAUCGCGUGAUAAAUUCCGACGGUUGUUUAUCUUCCCUCCAUCAUGGCAGUGACGACACGGAGUGCCCAGCUUGGCAAGGAGGUGUCUGGAGCUCUGCGUCGAUCACCAAGAAACUUACCGCAGCAUUUAAAGGAAAAAUUGGAGCAGCCAAAACCUGAGAGAGAGCCUGACAUAGAAACUUUACCUCCAAUUAUUUUCAAAGGACAUAUCCAAUAUGCUAAUGACUUCUUUGAUUGUGCCCAGAUUUGUGACAGUCUCAUACAAGAAGUAAAGCGUAGUGAAAAGGAGUUUAUACCAGUAGGUUUUGAUCUGGAAUGGCCUUUUAGUUUCCAAACUGGCAGUGGAAAAACUGCAUUGGCACAAAUCUGUCUACAGGACAGUGUGUGUUAUCUUUUGCAUGUAUAUUCGCUGAAAAAACUUCCAGCAGCCUUUGUCGAGUUUCUUUGUCAUCCAAAAGUUAAACUCGUUGGUGUCAAUAUAAAGAAUGACGUUUGGAAGCUCGGACGAGACUUUAAAGAGUUUCCUGCUCAGAAGGUGGUACAAAAUAAUUGUAUGGACUGCGGAACGUACGCUAAUCAAGUCUUGAAACGAUCUUGCCGUUGGAGCUUGGAAAGACUAACCGCUUACUUGUUGAAGAAAAAAAUUGACAAGAAUCCCGAGGUACGAAGGAGUAAGUGGCACGUGCAACCACUCAGCGACGCCCAGAAAAUUUAUGCGGCAACAGAUGCUUAUGUAUCUCUUUUACUUCACACGACGAUUCAGGCGAAGGCCGUUGCUUUAGAGAAGCAAAGUCAAAAUCACGAGAAUUCAGUGAAACCUCUGCCUUAACAAAGCUCACCAAU